CCUCGCCUUGGUGUUUUUGUCUCUUCUUCGGUUCUAGGCGUUGGGGGUCGGUGCGGAUAUUCAGUCAUGAAGGCUCGGUAGGGGCUUCUCCGUCAGCGACGCGGCGAGUGAGCCAGUUUGUGUUCCGGGACCGGGCUUCCAGGUGAUUUUCCAACGAGAUGCUGCUCUCCAUAGGAAUGCUUAUGUUGUCAGCCACACAAGUCUACACCAUCUUGACUGUACAGUUCUUUGCAUUCUUAAACCUACUGCCUGUAGAAGCAGACAUUUUAGCAUAUAAUUUUGAAAAUGCAUCUCAGACAUUUGAUGACCUUCCUGCAAGAUUUGGUUAUAGACUUCCAGCUGAAGGUUUAAAGGGUUUUCUGAUAAACUCAAAACCAGAGAAUGCCUGUGAACCUAUAGUGCCUCCACCACUAAAAGAUAAUUCAUCUGGUGCUUUCAUCGUAUUAAUUAGAAGACUUGAUUGCAAUUUUGAUAUAAAGGUUUUAAAUGCACAGAGAGCAGGAUUCAAAGCAGCCAUAGUUCACAAUGUUGAUUCUGAUGACCUCAUUAGCAUGGGAUCCAACGACAUUGAUGUGUUGAAGAAAAUUGACAUUCCAUCUGUCUUUAUUGGUGAAUCAUCAGCUAAUUCCCUGAAAGAUGAAUUCACAUAUGAAAAAGGGGGCCACAUUAUUUUAGUUCCAGAAUUUAGUCUUCCUCUGGAAUACUACCUAAUCCCCUUCCUUAUCAUAGUGGGCAUCUGUCUCAUCUUGAUAGUCAUUUUCAUGAUUACAAAAUUUGUCCAGGACAGACACAGAGCUAGAAGAAACAGACUUCGUAAAGAUCAACUUAAGAAACUUCCUAUACAUAAAUUCAAGAAAGGAGAUGAGUAUGAUGUGUGUGCCAUUUGUUUGGAUGAAUAUGAAGAUGGAGACAAGCUCAGAAUCCUUCCCUGUUCCCAUGCUUAUCACUGCAAGUGUGUAGACCCUUGGCUAACUAAAACCAAAAAAACCUGCCCAGUCUGCAAGCAAAAAGUUGUUCCUUCUCAAGGCGAUUCAGACUCUGACACAGACAGUAGUCAAGAAGAAAACGAAGUGUCAGAACAUACCCCUUUACUUAGGCCUUUGGCUUCUGUCAGCACCCAGUCAUUUGGAGCUUUAUCAGAAUCCCAUUCACAUCAGAACAUGACAGAAUCUUCAGACUAUGAGGAAGAUGACAAUGAAGACACCGAAAGUAGUGAGGCAGAAAAUGAAAUUAAUGAACAUAGUGUCGUGGUCCAACUACAGCCUAAUGGUGAACGGGAUUACAACAUAGCAAAUACAGUUUGACCUUCAGAGGGAAAUUUGUUUAUUUCACUUUAAAAUAUUUAGGUAUAUAAUUUGAAUUUUUCGCUCCCUUCAGCGAUUUCUGUAGAAAUAACUUGUUUGGUAUUCUACAGUUUAAUCAAAUGACUGAAACACAUUUUUUUGAUCCAGUAUUUAUCUUCAGGAGUGUACUUCCAUUUUAAUAAGAAGUAACAGAAAGGUGCUGUACCUCAAGCAUCAAAUCAGGUCUCCUCUUGAAGUGAAAUAUAUAGCCAAAACAUUAAAAAAAGGAAAAAAAAAAACCUUAGUAAAGCUUGCAGACCUAGGUCACAGUAUGCCAGUGUUUUGUUU